CUCCCCCCCCACCCGCUCUUUGUUGUUUUUUUUAAAACAAAAAACAUUUUUGCCGUUCCCUCUCGUUUUUUUCCGUAAUUUUUCAGCUUUGUUUUCGUAAACUUUACUUUUUAUUUUAUUUUUUUCUAAUCUUUUUUUUUCAUUUUCUUAUUUUUUCAACUCUCUUAUUUUACUCUGUUGUUGUUAAUCUCUCCCCCCCUCCUCUCACUCUCUCUCGUCCUCUUCUUCCACAGCUGCUGACUCUGAACAUCCCAAACGAGCGGACGGUUGUGGAUCGAGCGCCAAAAAAAUAAGAGUUUCCCGUAGGAACCGUGAAAAAGCAAUGGCUUGUGCGGUGGCAACUGGCCCAACCCCAGUCAUCGCCUCCAUUACCCUGGAGCCCACUGGGGACUUCCCGGCAUGGCUGGAGACGCAGGGCGUGAACGCAGAGGUGGCCCGGGCCAUGGACUCGGAGCUGGGUAUCCGGGACUACGGGGUCCUGCGCGCCUGCGUCGGGGACGGCCUCGUGCGGGCCGAGCUGCUGGCCGCGGCGCGCGACCGCCUGCCCUUCGGCUUCUACGCCGUGCUGCGGCGGUUCGUGGCGGAGCUGUACUGGCUGGACGAGUCGGGGGCACCCUCGCGGCUGCUGCAGGCCGAGGCUGGCGGUGGCGUUUGUGGUGCUAGUGGAAAUAGCGGUGGUGGCAGUAGUCGUCGUCGUGGUGUUGACGAUGAACUGAAGGACAUAUUCGCGAAGAUGGUCACCGGCUUGAGUCGCGAACUGUCGCUCACGAUGCAGAGGCUGCACCAGGUGGAUGGUGGUGCCACUGGUGAUGCUGGUAAUGCUGGUGCCGAGGCAGGAGGCGAUGUUGGUGAUGGUGUUGGACAAGGUGGAGAUGGUGGACGUACAAGUGGAAUAUUGUGGGAGGCUGGGUCUUCACAGAGUUCGCCAACGCGGGACAGCGAGUACGCGAAUAGCACAGCUGUGAGUGACAUGCCUGGCGAGAACUUGUUGGCAGUCUCGUUCCACGAUCCACCCGUUAUAAUACAAGAUGAACACUCAAUCAAGCUGGAACAUGUAGAUGUAAGACAAGAUACACUCAUUCCAAUGCGAGAUGAACCCUCAAUUAAGCUGGAACCUGUAGAUGUCAAUCAAGGUCCCUCCAACUGUUUGCCCGUCUUGGAGGCCGUGGACUGCCCCGAUUUCUUCACCAUCACUGCCACCGCCUCCUCCAACCACAGCAGCCUCAGGAAGCGGAAAACAAAGAUGUUGGUGGGUGGCGCCAAUGACCUCAGUGGCGGGGCGACAGCCAGCGACGCGCAAGGCAGUGGCACUGGCGGUGCCACUACGACCCGACGCUGUGGGAAAGCCCGUCCUCACAAGUGCCCAUUGUGCCUGCGGCACUUCACAUCGGUCCACUUGCUAAUGGAGCACCUGCUGUCGCAGCACCAUUGGCAGCGGCAAAAGCAGCAGCGGCAAAAGCGGCAGGGGCAGCGGCAGGGGCAGCGGCAGGGGCUUCAGCGGCACCACUGCACGGUGUGCGGUCGCACAUUCCAGUCGUUGUUGGUAGCCACGCAGCACAUGAUGAAGCACCAGUGCGGCGAGAAGCUCUACCGCUGCUGCGCUUGCGGGCGUGGCUAUCGGCAGAUGGCAGGGCUGCGCUACCACAAUGGUCGCUGCCCUGGGGUGGCGAAAACGUAACUGACGUAUUGGCUGGGGAAAGUGGGUGUUGGGGUAGAUGGGGAUGGGCGAAGAGAGAGGAAUGUUGGAGGGAAGAGAGGAAAGGGAGAGCAGAGAUGUGUGGGAGAGGAGAGGAAGGUGUCUGUGUGGUGAGUUCUACGGAGAACGCACACUUUAUUCUGGAGGCACCACGUUUAUUAUGCGGCCCCAACAGGGCUACUACUUUUACGUUGCAACGGGUUAACUCGACCCCAACCGGGUCACUUCGUAACCGGGUCAGGAUGGUUACUUCUUUCUGACCCACGGAGCCUGAAAGAACAAUCUAAGACCGAAGGAGCAAAGAGACGUCGCACGGUGAGUUAACUCCUAGAGACGGCCUCAAUCGCUCCACCCCCAUCCCUCUUACCCUGUCGAGUAGGGGGCGUAGCCUCGCUCUGCCUCCGGCCACGCCCCCUUUUCGAUCUCUCCCGAAGGAACCAGAACCAGCGUCACGUGUCCCUCAAGGCCCCCUUUUCGGGCCCCCUUGCUACCCCAUGCCGUUCACGUGCCCUGUCUCUCCCUUCAACGGGACCAUGCCCUCUAGGGCCCGCUUCCCUGCCAUACUUCCGCCGGUGCCAGAGAGGUACGAGACAUAUGCAGUUACCUGCUCGUGAAGCUAGAUGGCGUACACGCCAUAGAGACUCUAUUUACAUCUCUACAUCUGGAUAGGGGAGGGAGGAGGAAAGAUGUGGGGAGAGGGGAUGGGGUUUUAUAGAGAGGACCAGGGGCUAUGGUGAGAUGGGAGGGAGCUGUGCAUGUGUGUACGCCUUUGUGUGUGUGCUUAUUUAGAGAGCGACGACCCGAGUUCGAUUCCCACUGACAAAUAUCUGACACAGUCCUGGGCCUCCCCUAGACCGACUCGGCCUUAAGUGAGUACUGCUUAAAGUGUGUAACUAUAACCAAUGGGGAGCCAAACGCAGCCAGGCAUUGUGCUAGUCUUAUCACCUUCUCGUGUGCCAUGUUGACCUUCAUAGGUGCUUGCCAACAGCACUUUCCCCAACAGCCUGCGUAGGUUGUACGGGGAUCUCGGAAGUCGCUCACUACAAAGUAUUUGGUCACAGGCACUUGUGUGGAAAUGAACGCUUAACGUGCCGAGUGAUGUUAUCCGGUAGGGUGAGGGGGCGUGAGGUCAGCACGCAAGAACCUGGCACAACCUGGCUCAACGCUGUGGGGAUGUGGGUGACGUCAUCGCCCACGCACGAGCAUUUGCCCAUGCACCAGGAAUCCAGCCAGGCAGCCAUGCAUCUAGCCAGCGACACUUUUUGUUCAAAUAUAAUUUGAUAAAGAAUACAAUUCACCAAGUCUGAAACUUAGACUGAAAUAAAAAUUAAAUUAAAGAUAUGUUCCUGACCAAACCUUUCUCUAUUUUUUUAAGUUGGAGUUGAGAAGUUUAAGAAUCAUUGCAGUACAUACCUGAAGACAUCCUGGUUGAACAUUUGGUAAUUAAAUGGUGGGCAAGGGUCUUGAGGACACCACAUGGGCCCUGGGUUCUCACACCUGAGCUUCCUGUGACUUACAUAAAAAAUCCAUUGUGAUAAUUUUUGUUCAUCACUUCCUUUGGCAAUUUUCUCGCUUCGAGAAUUAAAAAUAUUGACUGUCACGUGGGGAAUAUUUUUCUCUGUACAUGAAACCGAUGGGGAAGUGCUGCCCCCUGACGUGGAUAAGAGGUCACUUCAAGAGAUUUUUUUGGAGUAAAUACAGGCGGUUACCGCUUUUACGACAAUGCAUUCCUGGAAACCCGUUGUAAAUCGGAUCCUAUUUUGAAAACGAAUUUCUUAACUUUUUGUGUUUAGCACCAGUACAGUAGUUAAACAAUGGGACACCUUAGCUCUGCACAUUGCAAAGCCAGCAGUAUGCGUACUAUGGUUUAACUGAAGUCUGCUUUCAACUGCCCUAGGUUGACACACUCCCUUUAAGAGUGUGCUCCUAAUCUCAGCUCGUUACCUGUAUAAAAGACACCUGGGGGCCAGAAAUCUUUCUCAUUGAGAGGGGGUCAAAUACUUAUUUCCCUAAUUAAAAUGCAAAU